UCCUGGCGGCCGCAGGGUUUUACUGCAGGGGCCCCGCAGGGCUCAGUGACGCUGCGGCCGCCUCCUGCCUAGGUCCGGGGGUGCGGUCGUGCAAUAGGAAGCCGAGGGCGUUGCAAGCUUCCCUUCGGGCAUCAGCUACCUGGCCCCACGUCUUGCGGGGUGCAUUCCAGAGACACCUCCGGAGACCCCACCUGUGCUCCCUGGAACUCCCUUCGCGCGUCCGCCAUGCCUCUAAGCCGCACUUUGUCCAUGUCCUCACUGCCAGGACUGGAAGAUUGGGAGGAUGAAUUCGACUUGGAGAACACAGUGCUCUUCGAAGUGGCCUGGGAGGUGGCCAACAAAGUGGGCGGCAUCUACACGGUGCUGCAGACGAAGGCGAAGGUGACAGGAGAUGAGUGGGGCGACAACUACUACCUGGUGGGACCGUACACGGAGCAGGGAGUGAGGACCCAGGUGGAGCUGCUCGAGCCCCCAACCCCCGCUCUGAAGAGGACACUGGACUCCAUGAACAGCAAGGGCUGCAAGGUGUAUUUCGGGCGCUGGCUGAUCGAGGGGGGCCCCCUGGUGGUACUCCUGGACGUGGGAGCCUCAGCCUGGGCCCUGGAGCGCUGGAAGGGGGAGCUCUGGGACACCUGCAACAUCGGGGUGCCCUGGUACGACCGCGAGGCCAACGACGCCGUCCUUUUUGGCUUCCUCACCACCUGGUUCCUGGGUGAGUUCCUGGCCCAGAGUGAGGAGAAGCCGCAUGUGGUUGCGCAUUUCCAUGAAUGGCUGGCAGGCGUCGGGCUCUGCCUGUGCCGUGCCCGGCGGCUGCCUGUGGCCACAAUCUUCACUACCCACGCCACGCUGCUUGGGCGAUACCUGUGUGCCGGUGCCGUGGACUUCUACAACAACCUGGAGAAUUUCAAUGUGGACAAGGAGGCAGGUGAGAGGCAAAUCUAUCACCGAUACUGCAUGGAGAGGGCAGCAGCCCACUGCGCUCACGUCUUCACUACUGUGUCCCAGAUCACUGCCAUUGAGGCUCAGCACCUACUCAAGAGAAAACCAGAUAUCGUGACCCCCAAUGGACUGAAUGUAAAGAAGUUCUCUGCCAUGCAUGAGUUCCAGAACCUCCAUGCUCAGAGCAAGGCCCGAAUCCAGGAGUUUGUGCGAGGCCAUUUUUAUGGGCACCUGGACUUCAACUUGGACAAGACGUUGUACUUCUUUAUUGCCGGCCGCUAUGAAUUCUCCAACAAGGGGGCCGACAUCUUCCUGGAGGCCUUGGCCCGGCUCAACUAUCUGCUCAGAGUCAACAGCAGUGAGCAGACAGUGGUCGCCUUCUUCAUCAUGCCUGCUCGGACCAACAAUUUCAACGUGGAAACCCUCAAGGGCCAGGCCGUGCGCAAGCAGCUUUGGGAUACGGCUAACACAGUGAAGGAAAAGUUCGGACGGAAGCUUUAUGAAUCCUUGCUGGUGGGGAGCCUCCCGGACAUGAACAAGAUGCUGGACAAGGAGGACUUCACUAUGAUGAAGAGAGCCAUCUUUGCCACACAGCGGCAGUCUUUCCCCCCUGUGUGCACCCACAAUAUGCUGGACGACUCCUCAGACCCUAUCCUGACCACCAUCCGCCGAAUUGGCCUCUUCAAUAGCAGUGCUGACAGGGUCAAGGUUAUUUUCCACCCAGAGUUCCUCUCCUCCACCAGCCCCCUGCUGCCCGUGGACUAUGAGGAGUUUGUCCGUGGCUGCCACCUUGGGGUCUUCCCCUCCUACUAUGAGCCGUGGGGCUACACGCCGGCUGAGUGCACGGUUAUGGGCAUCCCCAGUAUCUCCACCAACCUCUCCGGCUUCGGCUGCUUCAUGGAGGAACACAUCGCAGACCCCUCAGCAUACGGCAUCUACAUUCUGGACCGGCGGUUCCGCAGCCUGGAUGAUUCCUGCUCGCAGCUCACCUCCUUCCUCUACAGCUUCUGCCAGCAGAGCCGGCGGCAGCGCAUCAUCCAGCGGAACCGCACCGAGCGCCUCUCCGACCUUCUGGACUGGAAAUACUUAGGCCGGUACUACAUGUCUGCGCGCCACAUGGCACUGGCCAAGGCCUUUCCAGAACACUUCACGUACGAGCCCCAUGAGACUGACACGACCCAGGGCUACCGCUACCCGCGGCCCGCCUCGGUGCCGCCGUCACCCUCGCUGUCUCGACACUCGAGCCCGCACCUGAGCGAGGAUGAGGAGGAUCCCCAGGACCAGACGCCUAACGAAGAAGGCGAGCGCUACGAUGAGGAAGCGGAGGCCGCCAAGGACCGCCGCAACAUCCGCGCCCCGGAGUGGCCGCGCCGCUCCUCCUGCGCGUCUUCCACCGGGAGCAAGCGCGGCUCGGUGGACACGGCGCCCUCCAGCUCCGUCAGCAGCCCCAGCGAGCCCCUCAGCCCAGCCAGCUCCCUAGGCGAGGAGCGCAACUAAGUCCCCGCCCACACUCCCGCCGGCCUGCCUCCCUCAUCCAGAGGGCGGAUGCGGAAAGGCGCUGUUCCUAAUCCCCACUCCAGAUCCCGAGCCUUCUGUGGGGUCCGCAGCCCCGCCCCCUCCGCCAUACACUCCAGCCCCGCCAACUCUGCCCUUGGAAUCCCCAACACUCCAGAAUCUACAACGCAGUGCCUUUCUUGGGUUCCAGUAAUGCAAAAUCUGUACCCUGGAGUCUCCCAGGCCUGGCCUGGGUCACAGAGACCAGGAAUCUGCCAAUACCCUGUCAUGGUGCCAGAGGUUUUAGGAAACCCGGACUGUCGUCUUCCAGGCUGGGCUCUUAGAACCCUUUGUGGCUUGCAAUUCUACAGCAUACAGAGCAGCACCCUGCUCAAGUCAAGCCUGGCCUGGGGACCACCAAGCUGUGUCCCUGCUCGUGGGACAGUCAAGUUCAGAGCUGGAGCACUUGCAAGGACUUGAGUUAACUGAAUGCAGAAGGUUGUCCAUUUCAACUCCAGAACUCGGGCUCUAGGACAGGGCACUCAUGUGCUGACUGUUCUGGCCCUCCCUGUGGUGUCGGGUUCUGCCUGGAGGAUCCCUCUACCCCUGCUCCCCUCUCCCUCUACACUUUAGCCAAGCAAAGGGGGGCAGAACCACUUGGCUUCUCAUUGCUACUGGAGAACAUGCAGUCUUGGUCUAGAUGCCUUUCUGGACCAGACCCUACACCUUCCCUGAGUCUGAGUUCUCCCCCAUAUCUCAAGACUCUGUGCCCUCCAGGGAGUCCCCCAGCUGAGGACAGAACUGGUUGUCUUACGACCCCCAACUGCCAGGCCCACCAUGAAACCACUGGGUUCUAGGUCCCGGCUGCUGAAUCUAGAACCUUGCCACUAUGCUGCAUCCUGGGCUAGAACUAAGCCCACUGGGUUCUAGAACUUCCAUUUUUACCUCAAGGCUCUUCUAUCCCCAAGCUGUGCCCUGUCCCCAGCUUUGGUGAAAGGGAGGUGCCCCUCACGUGUGCUGUGCUGUGUCUGAUGCACUUGGUUUGCCGUUGGGAGUGGGGGCAGAAGGGGUAUGAUUGAAGUGUGUGUGGAGAUGAAAAAAAUACAUCUAUAUUUAAGAAUCCCAGGUCUGGUCUAACAUGAAGGUUUGGUGGGCCUCUCACCUGGCUUCUCCCUCUUCGUGGCCUCCACCCUCUUUAUUUUCAAUUCCAUCUAGUUUUCCCCCUCCCACCCCUGGGUCCCUGAUUCCUUGUCUCAUUCUGCUCUCCUGGAGAGACUUAUAGUGCUAUUCUGGAUUCCAGUGUUCUUUCAAGGGAAGGUCUUGUUUAGUUGGGACCUAACUUGCAAGUAGCAAAAACUUGGGUCAAGCUCUCUUUAACAGAAAGGGGCUUUGUCACUGAAAACAGACCCACAAAGAAACCAUGAGCCAUGUGUGGCUCUUUAAGUUUCUCAGCACUAGCAAUAAGCAAGUGUUCAGUAGCCACAGGUGGCUCAUGGCUACCCUAUUGGAUGGUGCAGAUAUAGAACAUUUUAAAAGUUCUGGACAGUGCUAGCUUAGGGCACGUUUCCAGGGCUCUGUGGCCUUUGGUCUUUGACUAUGCUGUCCCCUUGGAGAGCUCUAUUUUGGGAAAAAUAUUUUUCCUUUCAGCUGUAUCUUUACUAGGUCAUAGGUGCAUCUCUGAACCAAUUGCUUUUCAGGGGAGUAAAAAGCACCGAUGUUUGGA